AUGGAGAGACACACAGAGGGACGCGGCCGGACGGAGACAGACAGAGUGUCUCGCCUUCGGUUUUGCGUCAGACGUUCCGCGAUUCCGGCCUUUCUCUUUUUGCUCGAGGCCAGUGUCUUGUGCACGUGGCGAAGCCAACAUGCGUGCGGCCUCGCAGCGCCUUGGGGAGCAGAGUCGAGGCGUGGCUGGUCUCUGGCCAAGACGGAAGCCCUGCCGAAUCGGUCUCGUCUUUCCUCGCUCCCCUGGGAAGCUUCUCCCUCUCUCCUGGCUUCCCGUUCUCUCUCACCGUCUUUCGCCUUCGGCCCCUCUCCUUCGUCGGGCGCCUUCUCUCCCCCUCGGCUUUUCCUCUCUUCCAGUCUGGAGGCGAUACAACCCGACGCGGAACGCCGUCUGAACAUUGGCGAACGUCGACGACAAGAUCGUCUGUUGAACUGGUUCAAGCAGUAUCCGUAUGCGCCUGGGCCUCCCGCGCCGCCGAAGCAGAAGAGCACGACGAAAAUCGACAUUGAUCCUGCGAAAAUUUCUCCGGCACAUCUGCCACUGCCGUCCAGGCGCCUGCCGUCUUCGCUUCGGUGGAAGGCUCUGUCGGAAACGCUCGCGCCUUCGUCUGUGACGGCAGCUUCUGCGGACGCCGCCGUGAGUGCGGCCCACGAGGCUGUGCGUACACUCCAGGCCGGGGGUAUGCCUCGACGAAGGAAAGGGAAAAACCGGAAAAUGAAAAAGAUUGCGCUCGCUCGUGCAGCCGUCGCAGCCGCCGUCGCAGCGCACAAGGCCCCUGGCCUCGCCGCGUUGAAGGCCGCUGCGGAAUCUGCAGAGCAACUUGUCUCCGCGGGGGAACGAGGGACAGGAGAGGACCUGCAUGCGCGCGGGGGAGUGUCGCGCGCUUCCGAGACGACGGAUAGCGCUUCGGGCUCCCGAGAUUUGGAGUCAAACGCGUCGGGGACAUGUCCUCGGACCGACGAGGGCGAUCGCGAGAAACAGGCAGACUCAGCAGCCUCAGGACAGCCGGCGUCGCUACUCUCGGUUCUCUAUCCGUCGCGUGACGCCGCGUACCCUCCGGACCUCGCGCUGUUCCUGGUGAAACAGUUGAGCACUGCAAAGUUCACCGAAACCGUCGAACUGCAUGUACAGCUGAAUCUGGGGACGGGAACUCGAGGCAAGGCGCGGAAAGGCGGAGGCUCGAGCGUCGCAGGGCGCGUCAGGGGGUUCGUCACGCUCCCUCACGGCCAGCUGGGGCAGUUGUCCUCGACCUCAAAGGAGCAAAACGGGCUAGGAACCGCGGGGGAAAACACAGACGCAGACGCAGAGAUGAAAGACACGGAGGGAGAGAGGGAGGAACAGACGGAGGAAGGGACGGAGGAAGAGACGGAGGAACAGACAGGGGAAAAGGAUAGCGACACCGGGCCGCUGGGCGAGGGAGAAGGACCGGAGGAACGGAAGCAAACCAGCCGAGAGGAGUCUGCAGAGACAGCGAUGGCGACGGAUGGGGCCGGAGCAGCCGCGAAGAACGGGGCUCUUCUGGGAGGCGUGGUGAACGAAAAGCCUGAAUCGGGGAUUGUGCGAGGCAACAAACGAGGAGGCAUUUGGAGGAGAAAGCGUGUCAUUGCUGCGUUCGUGGACAAAAAGGAUGAAGCGGCUGCGCUGGAAGCGGGCGCCGAUGUUGUGGGUGCGGAGAGAAUUCUGGAGGAAAUACGAACAGACAAAAUCUCUUUUGAGAUCCUCAUUUCGACUCCCGACAUGGUAGCCCGCCUUACGCGGUAUGGCAAGAUCCUCGGCCCGAAAGAUCUCAUGCCUCAGGCGGCGUGGGGAACCUUAACCGCCGAUUUCGCAGAGGCCAUUCGUCUCUACAGACAAACAACGAUACCGUAUAAAGCGGACCGGUUCAAUAUUGUCCACAUGCCCAUUGGCUGGGUGUCGAUGAGUAAAGAGGAACUCCGAGAAAAUCUCGACGCAGCCAUCGCUUCCAUCAAUUCCCGGCGGCCACCCACAGCGGGAAACAAGUUCCUGAACAAAGUCCAUAUAAGUUCGACGAUGGGACCGGGCAUUGUCAUCGACAUGCGCCACGUGAAACUUUCUGCAGCUUCCGGACGCGGCCAGAGAGGCCGCUGA